AUGUCAAUUAACCCUCUCAAGCUGCUCCCUCGACAAGAUGUCUGUUUCUUCUGCGCCAUCCGAUCGACCCUGAGGUCUCAACGCCCUGCUCAGACUCUAACAGCCCAGCGACGAGCCUACCAGUCUUCUGCUGCCUCUCUCCAUCCCGCCGCCGCCGCUCUCCGGAUUGAGGAAGAAGAUGACGGUGCCUCUCAGCAUGGACGCGAAUUAGUCGGUUGGAGAUGUCAAUGCACCCAUGUCAAUAGACCACACAGGUCCGAGUGCACGGUAUGCCUCACCCCAAAAUCAAAUAAACUACCUCUUGUCUAUAAAGGAGACGUUCCAUCGUCUCCCGCUCUUGCGCCGUUGCCGCAGGCACAACCCAGAGAUGUCGCAUCUCAAAGACCUGGUAUCGGCACUCCACCAAAUCUUACAAGCCCAUCCACCGACCGCAGGCGAACCAAUUUCCGCCAGUCCCUAUCUGAGAAUACACUCGGUCAAAUUGGUAACCCUUCAGGCCAAGAUUCCCAGGGCUCUGCAGGCAAAGUUCCUAGUGCCGCACGUGUUAGACGGAACGACCAACAAUUCGCUCCUUCUGGGCCAGUAACAAGGUAUCAAAAUUAUGCCGGCCACGAACCCAGGAGCAAAUACCUUGAGUCUGGAGGAGCAGAUCCCCCGGGAUUCUUUGGAACGCGAAAAUUGACUUUCAAUCGCAACGAAAGUGGAAGUUCUUUUGACACGCUUUCCCCUAUCUCUAGCAGCCGAUCUGGAAUGGGAAAUGUACGGGAUAGAAGAAUGCAGAAUGUUGCACCACCCAAUCGCUUCCAAACCAGAGGCUUGCCAGAGCGAUCUGGGAACGAUGGCGGAUGGUUCUACCCUCAGCAAUCUCAGCCACCUCAACCUACUCAUCAACCUCGGCUGUCCAGGCAGGAUCAGAAACCUAUACGAUGGACUCCCUUCGGUAGUUCACCUGGAGAAAACGACUCCCGAGAUCAAGGCGUCGGUUCCGAAGCCCAGUCCAGUUCGCAGCAGCUCAGAUCUGGUAAUGGCCAGGGUCAGCGCGAGCGAUUUGGCUACCAGAAUCGUCAUGGUGUCGAUGGCAGAGCCAAUUCUACCCAACGCGAGCAAUUCCAGAAUCGUGGAGAGUCACAAUGGCGUGUUGGUGAAGCAGCGUUUCGCAGAGUGGUUCCCGGAGCCCAAUUUGACCCCAUGGCACCCUCCGAGGCUGGAUCCCAAGGAAUUCAAGAUUUCGAGCAGUCUGAAGAAACCCAAAUAGGAAGUGUUGGAAUAGAAGUCAUGGGUGGUGCAGGCUUCGGGCAAUCACACCGGAAAAAGCUCACGACAAGAGAUGGACACAGGCGGAGCCGUAUUUAUGAGAUUGAUGAGAUUGAUGAAGCAGCCGGGCCUAUGCCAGCCUUCCGCCAGUCUGCCGCCCGAGCCCGUACGACGGGAGUCAGCAGACGCAGUCGGGAAUUUGACGAUGAUGAGUUCGAUACGCCAAGAUCGGCUCGCGUGUCGAAGGGCUCGCGAGGGAGCUCUCGCUGGGAUGAUGAUGAUGACUACGAGGCACUUGAUGAGGAUGAAAUGGCAUCACCAAGACAGAGAAGAAAAGCGGCAAAGAACCGAAGGCAAAGAAAAGCCUCUGAUGCAGCCCGGCCUGAAGUCCACUUGCCGGAGUUUAUUAGUGUUGAGCGGCUAGCCCAGGCGCUGAAAGUGAAACUCGAUCCGUUCAUUGCGCAACUAGAAGAAGAGGGAUUCGAAGGUGCAAGAUAUGAUCACAUCUUGGAUUCGAGCACUUCCGCCAUGUUUGCCGAUCUCUACGGGUUUGAACCCGUUAUAAGCACUGCUGAGGAUGCUCAAGAUCUUGUGGCACGUCCUGCUCCAGAGGAUUAUUCAGCCCUUCCAACUCGGCCUCCAAUCGUUACGAUCAUGGGGCAUGUUGACCAUGGUAAGACGACAAUCCUCGACUACUUGAGGAAGUCCAGUGUGGUUGCAUCUGAACACGGUGGUAUCACUCAACAUAUUGGUGCCUUUUCGGUAAUCAUGCCCGGAUCGGAUAGGAAGAUCACAUUUUUGGACACGCCUGGUCAUGCUGCCUUCCUGGACAUGCGUCGAAGAGGUGCUAACGUCACAGAUAUCGUCGUUUUGGUGGUUGCCGCAGACGAUGGUGUGAUGCCACAGACCAUCGAAGCUAUAAAACAUGCUCGUGAAGCUAACGUGCAGAUCAUCGUCGCGAUCAACAAGGUUGACAAGGAGGACGCUAACAUUGAGCGGGUUAAGCAAACCCUGGCACAGAACGACAUUGUGGUCGAAGACUACGGUGGUGAUUAUCAAGCGAUUCCUGUAAGUGGCAAGACUGGUAGGGGGAUGGCUGAUCUUGAAGAGGCCAUUACCUUGCUUGCCGAUGUUGCCGACUUCCGGGCUGAGAUUGAUGGACCCGUUGAAGGAUGGAUCAUUGAAAGCAAAGUGACUACUGCCGGCCGCGUGGCUACUGUUCUGGUACGCCGAGGCACUUUGAAACCCGGUGAUUACAUUGUUGCCGGUACCACUUGGGCCCGUGUCCGUACGCUUAAGAACGAUGCUGGUCAAUUUCUUGAAGAGGCGCCUCCUGGAACUCCUGUUCAAGUUGAUGGUUGGCGAGGUGCCGAUCCAGAUGCUGGACUUGAGGUCCUUCAAGCCGAUAAUGAACACCAUGCCAAAGAAGUGGUAGAACUCCGCACGGAAAAGGCCGAGGCCAUGCGAGCAACGACAGAAGUGGCUGCACUCAAUGUAGCUCGCUCUGAAGAAGCAGAUGCUCGGGCUAGACAACUGGACUGGGAAAGAGAACAAGGCCACCAUGAUGUGGCCUUUUGGCGGAGACCCAAGGAUAAUGAGGGUUGGAUUGAAAAAGCAUCUAGCGGGCCCCAGCGCGUCCAUUUUGUCAUCAAAGCCGAUGUCGCCGGUAGUUGCGAAGCGCUUGUCCAUGCAGUGAGUGCACUGGGGAACAACGAAAUCGUGGCCAAUAUUAUCCACAGUGGUGUUGGUGGACUCCGAGAGUCUGAUAUCAAAAUGCUCGCUGCAACGGGCGAAAAGGGAUACGCCAUCUCUUUCAACCAAUCGGUGGAAAAUUCCAUUCGACGUCUAGCUGAAGUUGCUGAGCUUGAGAUUUUGGAUCACAACAUCAUCUACAAAGUCACGGAUGAUGUUACAGAAAAGUUGACCGACGCAUUGCCCCCACUGAUUACCCAACGGGUUCUUGGAGAGGCCGAAAUCGGUCAACUGUUUGACAUUACCGUCAAAAAGAAGCUGGUGAAGAUCGCAGGAUGCAAAGUGACCAACGGAACCAUCAGCCGCUCGAAUUCUGUGCGGGUGUUGCGACAUGGUGAAGUGGUGUACACUGGCAUGCUCGACUCACUCAAGAACGUCAAGAAGGACGUGACAGAAAUGCGAAAGGGAACCGAAUGCGGGAUGGCAUUCGAGGGCUGGGAUGGGUUCCGCGAAGGCGACCAGAUCCAGUGUUUUGAGGAGAUUAAGGAGAAGCGAACCUUGUAA